AUCCUCCAAACUUCCCUUUCUUUGCUGUUAAUUCCCAUGUCGGUGAGUUGUAGGCCCUUCUGUGCCAGCUGCGUUGCCUUGCAGCUUUGGUUAGCUCAGUGUGAUGUCUUCUAUGCUGACAUGCUUAGUGAAACUGCUGCUGAUUAUGUGCCAGGUUUGAUUUCAUCUCAAGUGGAUAGAGACCUAAUGUGAAGAAUCAAGACACCCUCUGAAGUCUGCAAAGAAUGAAUUUUCAUGUUGUUAAUAUUUUAGACACAAAGGAUGACUCUGCUGAUGGGAAGAGGAGCACGUGGAGGUAGCUCUAUAUAAAAUACAGUCUAGACGAGAGCGUUUAAACUGAGUGGUAUGAAGAGCAGUGUUGGCAGUGUCUUUCUGUCCUUGCAAGUGUGUUUAUUCUGUUUCCAUUUACGAACCCCCCCACCAGGAAUGCUGUUACCUCCUUAGCUGGUAUAUGCUGGUACUUAGACAAGGAAGCAGCCAGUAUUUCUCCUAACUGAAACUGUAUUUUUUCAGCUACACUUCCAGGACUUGAAGAUGAAAUGAAUAACGGUGUGAUUGUAAAAGACAAACGUAUGGACCAUGAAUUUUUAAAAAUGCUCUUUUUUUUUUUUUCUCUCUCUCUUUUCCAUUUCUGAAUCAAGAAGAGGUGAAUGCUCACAGCUUAUUCCCAGCUGUGCUUUAACCUUUCACUUGUAACGUUUUCCUUGUGGGAAUGGGGUCUCUAUGUCUUGUCUCUAUCUGGUAUCUGCAGCCAGAUCUUUCUGUACCAGACUGAGUUUUAAUUCCCAAUGCCCUUUGUUUUGUAGAGACCUUCGUAGUUCCCACACGAUUACCUUCAGGUUUUCCCCAGAUGCAAUUAUUGAGGUUAUCACCAAGGAUUUAGAUUUCCAAAGUACCCCGCAGACAUUAAAAGCCGAGGAGUCAUAAAGAGAGGUGUUGAUUUGCAGUGGGAAGCAUGCAGUGGUAACGUGAUAUAUAAGCAUGGCAAGAGAGGAGAUGUGUUCAAUCAGAAGGAUUUUAAAAACUGGUAUUUUCAUUUCCCACUUGGGUACAGUGAUCUGCUUCAUGACAUUUGUUCCCACGCGUGCAGCAUCGGUUUCCUUUGUUCUUUCUGCUUAUAGGAUGGCUUGCAUCUCCUGUGGAACACUGCUUUGUCAAACCUGCCCAUACGUGGCGUGGCUGAGUGCAAAAGCUUCACAAGAUGCACAGGCAAUGGCUCUCCUGGUUGUGUUAAAGCCACAGACUCCAGCCUUCAUCUGUGUUAAAGCCUCUCAGUACAGUGUGUAUGUCCUUGGUUUGUUGUCUUCUCUCUCCUGUUUUAUUUCCCGACGUCUGUAGUUUUGUACAAUACUGGUCAGAUCCUGGCUUGGUGGUAGCAUAUAGCACUGGUUUAGGUUUGUAUCUGUAAAUAAAGAGGUAUGUUUUAUUUCCUAAAGUCACGGCUGAGUCUUGGCUCUUCCAAACUUCGUGAUGGCUUCUAUUGUGAUGCUGCCAAGGAACCCUUCCAUGCAGCUCUGGUGCAAACAUAAACAUCCCGUGCCUUCGCCACAGCCCGGUGUGUUAUGUUUGGUUUUAUUAUUAUUAUUUCUUUUUCUGUAGCGUGGCAUUUGGUUGGUGGUGUCUUCUCAACAAUAAAUCCCCCAGAGAAGGAAUACCUGAGUGCAGAGGAGGAGCUGUGAGAAGUGCUGAAAGGGAGCUGAACACGAGUGCUGGGUGCAGAGGGCAUCUCUGCAGGAGCUGACUGUGGUUAUGAAUGUUCUCUAUCUCAGAAGGUGUUCUGUUUUUAAUAAAGUAAGGAGUAUUAGGAAGAGAAACGUGGAUAUUCAGUAGCAAAGCCAGUGAAGAACGUGGCAUUCUAAAUCCUUUCUGCAAUCCAUCACUCAGACAAUCUGAUUAUUGACCUGCCUUGACCAUGCCUCUGUUAUACCAUCAGAAAGAAACAACUUUAUUAUGCAGAGCUUUUCUCAGUGCUUUGUUCCUUUGGGAUGCAGUGAGGUUGGUGCUGUUGAAUCCCAUCUGCAUCCGCUUUCCAACCCAUGCAGAACCACCGGGUGCCAUCAGCACUUGGAUCACGAUGGGUGCCAAUGGCACAGCCCUGCUCACCACUGAUCUCUGGAUGUCAAAAUCUUCUCAUCAUAUCAGUCCUUUGGGGAGGACUUCAGAUUUUGGGAUAAGUGUCUGUAGAGCAGAGCCACACAGGUGCUAUGUGCGUAAUCAUGAUUUCCUUGUGCUGAACAUCACUGUUCUGGAGGUUCCAGUAAUUAAGACGUAUUGUUUUAUAGUUUGGUGGGAAGAUUAAACUGGAACAGCAGCAUGGAAAUUCAUCUGAUACAGCGUGGAAAUGUCAGGGAGUAGAAGGGAGGACUUAAUAAAUAGUCAAGCAGAUCCCAGUUGCUGGGAUACGGUGGGUUUAAACGUUCUGCUGCCUGAGAAGUGGAACUCCUCAUUGGUGUUCUGACCCACGCAGUGAUGUGCUGCACCUUCCCCGGCAGUGUUCAACUUCAAACCUGUCUCACUGGGGGAUGCUGGUGAGAUUUCUGUUUGAAGAUUCACAGUGGUUGUUUUGACUGCUGAACUCAUACGGUGCCACAUCUGAUGGCUGCCAUGAAGACCUUCAGGGGCGGCUGCAUCCUCGGCAUGAUGCUGCCUUGGCUUUUCUGCCUCCCGUUGGCAGCUUCCUUUCCAAAAGUGACCAUCCCAGCAGAGCUGCAGUCGGUGGAGGCUCACGUUGCAGUGAACGCCACGUCUUGCAGUGUCACCUGCGGGCUGGGCCUCCAAGUGGAGGAGACCUGUGAGAUCACCCCGGCGGGCGAGAGGAAGAACUGCAGCAUGCGCCGCUCCCACUGCACCACCACGUGGGGCUGCGGUUUGCAGCACCUCACCAUCCCUGUGGGCAAACCCAUGGUGCUCAGCUGCCUGACCUCGGAUGUCAUCGAUUUGGGUGUCAGAGGGUACAGCUGCACGUGGAAGGUCGCCCCGGGCCUCAUCACCAUGAAUGAUGUUCUGUUUGCACCUUUCAGAAACCCUGGCUUCGCCGUUGCCUUUUCCCCAACCAAGGAGUCCGAUGCGGGGACGUACCGCUGCGAUGUGCGCAUGCUGAAGACGUUCAGGGUCAUCAAGAGGAUCUACUUUGGGGUCAGGGUGAUCCGAAAUGACUUGGUGGACCUGGACUUCGGCAAAUCCUUGACUCGGGAGCAGAAGCUGGCAGUCAGGAAUGAGGAAGGAAUCGAAGCCAACGUCACCCUCGUAGACGUGGAGGAGAGGCUGCACUUUUGGCAAAGGAAAUCGUUUCCUAGAUCCUUGAUAGGGAUUGGAAGCGGGCUGGUAGGAAUCGUCGUGGUGAGCAUAGCUCUCCGCUGCUUGCAGGAGAGGUUGAGAAGCAGAGGGGCAGAGAAUCAGACUCAGUUCUAAUGCACAUUCUUGCCUCUGUCUCGCUUAUUGUAACAAGUAGAGCGACGUCAGUAUUGCUGCAGUAUUUCACGAUGAGGUUUGCAAUUGCUUUCUGGCUGUUGGGUUGGAGAGUUUGGGGGUGUUUCUGUUGUAUUUUGUAGCUCAUAACUUGGGAUCUUACUUCUCCCCUUGAAUUUCUUCUCCCUUGCCUAUGUGUGACACAGAUCCCUGAGGUUGGUAGCAGGAACUCUCCAGCAUGAGGUGCAGAGAAGUGAAGAUGCUGCAGUUGGGUCCCUGCUUGGGUCCCUGCUUGGGUCCCUGCUUGGGUCCCUGCUUGGGUCCCUGUGGUCCUUCCCAGCAGACCCCAAGGUCUGUUUUGGGGAGCUGGGAGUGCUGGGAGGAGAUGAGCCACCGCUCCCUGCCUGCUCUGUUUGUUUGUCUCCCACUUCAGAAAGCUGAAGCAUCAUCAGCAGUAGUUGGAAGCUUCCACUCUUCCCUUUGUAGUUCAGAACAGCGAGGCAGGGAGCAUUAGGCAGCACAAGCACAUCUUCAAUCUGAGCACUGCAGCUCAAGGAGCGUAACAGGGUGGUUUUAAUCACGACUCAGAGCUGAGCUCACUCCUAAAAUCUUUAAAGGAGGAGGAGAGGGAAGAGUUCAGUGGGCUCGUGGGUCGCUCCCUUUCCCGGUGACUAAUAAGUACAAAGCGUGCAGCUGCACUGUAGGGAGCAUUGUUUCCCCAUUGGUAGCAGAAUCCGCAGAGGGACUUAUUAAGUGCCUUCUCUCUCUGGUUUCUGUCUGUAUUUUACAGUAAACAACUCUAUUUACUCGCUCUGUUUCCUUUUUUUUUUCCCGUGGACUGAAGUACAGGAAUGCACCACACAUCCAAUUCUGGCAAAGGGAAUCUCCUCCUUCCGAAGCAGCAGCACUGACACAGAGCAGUGCACACCCACGUUUAGGACACCUCGAGGAGCCCACUGAGUUCUGGUUGCAUUCAUCCCACCCGGACCUCUCCUAUCCGUGGCCUUUUUUGAUGCCUGCAAGCAAGUUGUUGAGAAGAAAGCUGCCUGGGUGCAGUGAGUCUGGAUGCAAAUGCUCCCAGCUGAGGGUUGGAGCAGGCAGGGCUCAGAGCUCCAGGCUUUAUGGAUGGGAUGCCAUCCCAUCCUUGAAUGGGAUUACGAAUGGGAUUCGUUGCUCAGCUCCUUCCUGGGGUGAAGGAUGGGAACGUCUCCCAUUUGGGAGCAGUGUUGAAUCACUGCCUGCUGUUAACUGAGCCAUUCCUCAUCCAAACCCACCUGGCUGAGUGCUGAGUUCAGCCCAGACCUCCUAAAACCACAAAUGCAACGCUCCGUCUGCAACUUCAGUAUGACCAGCACCCUCACAGCGUUGGUGGCACUGUUAAGGAGUACGAAGGACCCUGUGAAAUUGGAUGACUUCCCUCACUGAGCCAUUAACAGCGCUGGAACAAAACCCGGGCGCUUAACUCGUCCCUGUAAGUCAAUUCCUAAAGUAAAUGCUCAGAGCAAUUACACAUGAGGGAUUGUUAAUGAGACAGGAAAUUGAUUUGCAGCUUAAUGCAACAGUGCAAAUCCAGUGACCUCGUGUUAAGAUGCUGAAAUCUUCUGUGUUCUCUCCCGGCUCAGAACACCCUUUAGGCCCUGUGCUGCAUUUCAGAAGCUCUGAGUGCUUUCACAGGAGGUUUCCUCCUCUUCUUUUCCUCCUGCUGAGGGCUUUGGUUGGGCUUUACGUGUGGGUUUAUGUUAAAGCCUGGAUGGAGUUGAAUUGGGUACCACCAUUGCCUCGACUGCGCCUUGCUAAAGGAAUAGGUGUGUGUGCACAUCACUGUGUGUGUCACAAAGCCCCCUGAGAAAUGCAAGGGGAAAAUGGGCUGCCCCAGGGAAGGCAGCCCUUGGUAACACAGCCAGUGCCUCUGGGAGCCCUCUGCUCCACCUUCAGCCUCUGUUGCUCAGUGGGUGUCUUCAGGAUGAGGGUUUCAGCUCUGUCCCACGCUGCAGAGCACAGCAGGACCCAACCUGGGCUCCUCCAGCUGCUGCACCUCAACCUGGUCGUCCCUUUCAGGUACUUCACAUCAUCCUUCUCCCAUUUGCUCUGCAGAGCCGCGGGGAGUGGUUCAGCAGUGCUUUCAAACUCUGUGGGGUGCAGCCACCUUUUGCCUCCUCCACUCUGUAUCGUGGCCACCAUCCAUCAGACUGCCUGUGCCCAAGCCCUGAUCUUCUUUGCUUUGAGCUAACACUGAAUUCCUCAUUCACCUUUCAUCCUUCCAUGGGAGAAAGGCCCAAGGCCCAGCGAGGUGGAUGGAGGUGGUGACAAAAACACUGAUGUAACAACAGAAAACGUUUUGCCAAAAAAGAAAGAAAGAACAAAAAAAGGGGUUCCAAACCCCAUUAGAAAUAUUUAAAAGCCUUCAAGAACUUAUGUUGUAUAAAAAUAGGAAUGCGUAUUGAGUUGUUGUUGUCCUCCUGAAGGAACUGCUGGGAUCUGCUGGAGGGAUGGAGGGGGGUAAUCCAUGGAGAGCUGCAGAGCCGGGGGGGUCCCUCCAUCCCUGCCUGCCACGCACCAAUGGGAUCAUGCAUUGCUUUUUAGUUUUCACUUUAUUCAAGGGAAACCGAAGAGCCCUUUCUUUUUUCGCUUUAGCUGCCCUCUGAAUCUUGUUAUUUUAUUUCGUUAUGUUUCUUUUCCCUUGCCUGUUCCCUAAAGCAUUUCUCUCGCUCCCUAAGCACUGCGGGACCCGUUACCUUCUUGCUUCCAGAUGCGACAAACUGGUAAUGGGAAGCUGUGGAUGUGCAGCAGGCCUCACUCCCCCCCGGGAGGGCAGGGAUUUAUGCAUGUAAUCUCUUUAAUGCUCACUAAGGCCAAGGACACGUUAGUUUUGAAAUGAUUAGUUGGGGUAAGGAAUUGGCAUCUGCUGUAGGAGCUGCGUGCCAGUCCCUUCCCAUUGCACCAGCAAGGAAGGUGAAUCAUUUGAUUGCUUUACUGGGAGAUGCAGAACCUUUACAAGGUGGCAACUCUUCCCAACCAUUUCAAUCAUUUCGGCACCUGGACAUCCCCGCGUUGGGGUGUCAGCCCUAUGUGUAUAUGAGCCAAGUACAGUGGGGAUCCAUCAUACGUCCCCAAAUCUGGGACUGGGGAUGAGUGCCCCAUUCCAGCUCCUCCUUGUUGCCUCAGCACUGGCUUUGUGCAGUCUCCAGGUCUUGGUUAAUUUGUGUCAUGUUCCUUUCUCUUCUUCCUUUAAGGUCCUCUCUGUCUCGAAAUGAAAUAUCUCCAAGUCUUCUGCAUCAGGAGGAUCUCUCUCCAAACGGGUGGAUUCUCACUUACCCCUCCGCCUCGCCCAGACAAAAAAGAAGCAAACAACAUAACAAGAACACCCCGGACCAGGUGGGAUAUGGAUAACAUCAAACAUUGCACCUCACAGCAUGGCAGCUGAUACAAACACGAGGCUGCGAGUUAACACCAGUGUCAUAAAAAGAAAAAAGAGAUGUUCACAAGCUGAACUCUUGUGUUCACCCAUCUCCUUCAGCAUGAAGCAGAGAGCGGUGUCUCUUGUGGCUUUGUCUCCUUGGGCUCAUUGCUGUGGAAUUUGGCUCUUAUGAUGGGGAGGUGAAUCGCAUCCCAUCGCUCCUUAGAGAUGGCUGUGGUUGGGGUCGGUGUGGAGCGUGCCCAUCACGUGGAAGUCCUCAGUCCCCGGUCUCCCUUCCCCCUCCCCCAAAUACACUGUACAUGUUUAAAAAAAAGUCAA